UAGUAUUAUAAAAAACAGAAUCAUCCCACUCCGUACAUAUUUUCGCUUAAGUUAUUUUUUACCAUGCAAAUUUGAACGUUAGCACUAUAGUGGGAUAUUUUUUAUUUGUCAAGAUUGGUAUAAAACGAGAAAAAACAUAAACAUCAGAGUUAUAUUAACAUUAGUUGUGUGACAGUACAGUUCGAAUUUAUUUUACAAACAAAAUGUCGAUUCUGGAAUCAUCCGACGAGGACUUCUUCGCAGAGACCUCACAGAGAAAUGAUGAAUCAAGCUCGUUUGAUCCACCACAAGUGAAGAAACCCAAAGUAGUUAGCAAAAAUAUAAGAAAACAGUCAAAAAACAACAAAACGUCAACAAUUUUUCAAAAAGCGUUAAAGGAUGCAGUUAUUUUAGAUGAAGCGAACUAUGAAGAAUCGAUGCUGCUUUUACGUGACAAUAAUCAAAAAUGUGUCAUUAAUAUUAAAACACCGAGUCCAACGUCUUAUAUAAUUAUACAAGAAUAUUUAGUAAAUGAUGUAUUAGGAUUAUCCUAUAGUGAGAGAUGGCGAAAAGUGAACCGAUCUGCUAAAAUUGGUCUUACAAAUAAUAAGGCGAAUUCUAAAAUCAACAAUUUAUUGAAAAAUCUAUUUGAUGAAUUGGGAGAAAAAUUUUUAUCAGAUGAAUCUCGCACAAUAAAAAUGACAAAGGAAUGAUAUUAUUACAGCUAUAUCAACUAUUUUAAAUACAUGAUG